UCGCUCUCCGAUAGGCAGACGGGACCGGGCUCCCUCCGCAGUAAUCCGAUUGGACGGAUCGCGCCGCUUUCACGGGCAGCUCGGCCCCUUCCUCGCCUUGUGCCUGUGUGUGGCAACCGGAGUAAAGCUGGACGACCGAGGGGGGGAAACGCGAGAUCGUGGAGAGGACCGUGUUACGCUUUUAAAGAAUCCAACCGAGCCCGCUCGAGUCGGAAGACAGGACCUCGGAGGCGUAUUUUCAUAUUUUUUCCUCCUCUUUUCUGCGGGAUUAUUCGGCGGCGGAGAGGCGCACGCUCCUCGGAGGUAGAAACUAGUUUAUUCGAGCACGACCGCGCCAACGUCUCUCUCCGCCAGUGUGGCCCGGGUGCGCUCCGGAGAGGGAGAGGAUGCUUGUCUGGAUCCAGCUCGCUCACGUUGGAUUAAAUGCAUGAAUUACAGCCCGCUCUGCUGCUUCCCUCCUUCUUCAGGAAUAAGAAAAAGUCGGACGGACGGACGGUCAGCGCGCACGGGAUUUUCUCGACCUCCCCUGCCCCCCACCACCCCCUCUCUGAGCACAUCUGAAAAACCAUCUUUCCUCAAAACGACCUGCACACUGGAGACAUAAACAAAGGAGAGGGUUUUUAUUUCCCCCCCAAGAUGUAUCCACAAGGCCGACAUCCGCCUCCACAUCAGCCCGGUCAGCCUGGCUUCAAAUUCACAGUAGCAGAGUCUUGUGACAGGAUUAAAGAUGAAUUCCAGUUCCUGCAAGCCCAAUAUCACAGUCUCAAGGUGGAGUAUGACAAACUGGCCAAUGAGAAGACGGAGAUGCAACGCCACUAUGUCAUGUAUUACGAGAUGUCCUACGGGCUCAACAUAGAGAUGCACAAACAGACGGAGAUUGCCAAACGGCUCAACGCAAUUUUAGCUCAAAUUAUGCCUUUCCUGUCUCAAGAGCACCAACAGCAGGUUGCUCAGGCAGUGGAGCGGGCAAAGCAGGUGACUAUGACCGAGCUGAAUGCUAUCAUCGGGGUACGUGGACUUCCCAAUCUGCCUCUCACCCAGCAGCAGCUUCAGGCACAGCACCUCUCCCAUGCCGCUCACGGGCCUCCGAUCCAGAUGCCACCUCACCCCUCGGGCCUGCAGCCGCCCGGCCUCCCGCCCGUGACGAGCGCUGGAUCAGGACUGCUCGCACUUGGCGCUCUGGGCAGCCAAGCCCACCUCCCCGUGAAGGAUGAGAAAAACCAUCACGAUCUGGAGCACAGAGAGAACGCGAAUAACUCUAUAUCCCCAUCAGAAAGCUUACGCACAGCCAGCGAGAAGCACCGCAGCUCCUCUGACUACAGUUUGGACUCGAAGAAACGCAAAGUGGACGAGAAGGACAGCAUGAGCAGAUAUGACAGUGACGGAGAGAAAAGUGAUGACCUGGUGGUAGAUGUGUCUAAUGAGGACCCCACCACUCCGCGGGCGAGCCCGGUGCACUCUCCACCUGAAAAUGGCAUUGAUAAGCCCCGCCCUCCAAAGAAGGACACACCCAACAGCCCUGCAUCAGUGGCGUCGUCUGGAAGCACCCCGUCGUCCAAGGCCAAGGAGCUCAGUCAUAAUGACAAAUCCUCCACGCCUGGCCUCAAGUCCAACACUCCCACCCCCCGCAACGAUGCCCCCACCCCGGGCACCAGCUCCACUCCUGGCCUCAGACCCAUCCUGGGCAAACCCCCAGGCAUGGAGGCUCUAGCAGCACCAGCUUUGCGUACCCCUCUGUCCAUCGCAGGCUCUUACCCUACCCCCUUUGCCAUGAUGGGCCAUCAUGAAAUGAAUGGAGGUCUGACGAGUCCUAGUGUAUAUGCUGGUCUGCACAUCUCGCCUCAGAUGAGUGCUGCAGCAGCUGCAGCCUACGGACGCUCCCCUAUGGGGUUUGAUCCUCACACCCACAUGAGAGCACCAGGCCUUCCAGCCAGCCUCACAUCCAUUUCUGGCGGCAAACCGGCUUACUCCUUCCACGUCAGUGCAGAUGGUCAGAUGCAGCCUGUGCCCUUCCCACCUGAUGCCCUGAUUGGCCCCGGUAUUCCUCGCCACGCCCGUCAGAUCAACACACUGAGCCACGGCGAGGUGGUGUGCGCUGUUACCAUCAGCAACCCCACACGCCACGUCUACACUGGUGGCAAAGGCUGCGUCAAAAUCUGGGACAUUAGCCAGCCCGGCAGCAAAAGUCCUGUGUCCCAACUGGACUGUCUGAACAGGGAUAACUACAUCCGCUCUUGUAAGCUACUGCCUGAUGGUCGCACAUUGAUUGUUGGAGGCGAGGCCAGCACAUUGACCAUCUGGGAUCUGGCCUCUCAAACACCCCGCAUCAAGGCUGAGCUCACCUCCUCAGCCCCGGCAUGCUACGCCUUGGCCAUCAGCCCUGACGCCAAAGUCUGCUUCUCCUGCUGCAGUGAUGGAAACAUCGCCGUUUGGGACCUGCACAACCAGACUCUUGUUAGGCAGUUCCAAGGUCAUACGGAUGGUGCUAGCUGUAUCGACAUAUCCCAUGAUGGCACUAAGCUGUGGACAGGCGGUCUCGACAACACUGUUCGCUCCUGGGAUCUGAGGGAGGGACGACAGCUGCAGCAGCAUGAUUUCACAUCACAGAUCUUCUCGUUGGGCUACUGUCCGACCGGAGAGUGGCUCGCCGUGGGUAUGGAGAGCAGCAACGUGGAGGUGCUCCACCACUCAAAGCCUGACAAAUAUCAGCUCCACCUGCACGAGAGCUGCGUCCUCUCUCUCAAGUUCGCCUACUGUGGUAAAUGGUUUGUAAGCACUGGGAAGGACAAUCUGUUGAAUGCUUGGAGGACUCCUUAUGGCGCCAGCAUAUUCCAGUCCAAGGAAUCCUCAUCUGUCCUGAGCUGUGACAUCUCGACAGACGACAAGUACAUUGUGACAGGCUCUGGUGACAAGAAGGCCACUGUGUAUGAAGUGAUCUACUAGAGCGGACGGCUUUGGAUCAGAGCAUGUUCAUGCUCAGGAACAACAGACUCCAUCUACCUUCCCUCACAAAGACAGCAUGGAUGUUGCCUGCAGCCCGGGGGUGGGCGGGCAGGAGGUUUGGCAGUGCCAGACUGAAAUGGACGUCGGUGCCCAUGUGGCCCUGGAUGCCGUGUCCUUCGGCUCUGCCCUUCCUCACUUGUACAGCGAGUGCAGAUCCCCAAGGCACUAAGAAGAAAAUAAUGUCUUGCUGUUUUUCUGUUUGUUGGAUAUUUCUUUUUUUAUUCGUCCUUUUUAAUGUGGAGAUAAAGUUCCAUGACACAACUAGAAGCGGCGCUUCAUUUGGAGCUUCUCCUUGGAGGUCCUGUGAAAAGUGUACAUAAUGGAGUAAUAAAAGGCCUUUUAUAGAUUUAUAUUUUGGUGUCCAGUUACGCUUGUGAUGGUUCUUUCUUGUUCUCUCCGUGAUUCUCUGUUCCCUCUGGGGAUGGAAAUUAGAUUAGGACUUUGUAAGAGGAUAUUCUAUUUCAGUUUUUCCCCUCCUCCGCUUUUUUUCACGUUCGUUGUCCAGAAUGACCUUUUCGGAAAUCUAAUUUGGAUUUUUUUUUUCUCCCUGACAACAGCUUUUUUUCUUUUUCGCUAUUUGCUGUAACACAGAACACAGACGUUUGUCCAAUGGAUUUUAGCAGUGGAGAAUUCUGGAAAUGUCCUUUUUUUCAGACUGGAAGAUGGAGAAAAUCCGGGUUUCCAGUUACUUCUACCCUUUGGCUCUGAUGAGCAGAAAUUCAGCUUUUGAAAUGAAGACCUAUCCCUGAACACUGGCUACUCUCAGUAACAUUAAAAUGGAUCAUUAUCUACUGGAGGACUGGUGGGUUUCAUGGAGAAGCAGCUGUGACUUGAGUUCAGGCUGGUAACACGACUAUUGUAUGAAUCUUCAUUUUUCCACUCAGCAGUUUAGUCAUCAGUCUGUAAGAGUUAAUUAUUGCCUCUCUUGUUUGACUCUCUGUGACUGAUGUGCAACACCUACGUGGUUACUCAUAAUGGUGGCAGGCAAAGCCAUGACCACAUUUGACAUUUUGGGUAUGCUGUUUGCUUUCUUCAGUAUUUCAUAAUAUUCCACUACAGUCUUCUCAUAGACGGGACUGGUCUCUGCAUAAACACACAUUAGACUGGGUAGCAUACACGUGUCGUCAUCCCUAAGGAUUGUACAGUUGACAGUUGUUGAUGAAUCAAUAAACUGUUUUUAUAUAAAAUCA